AUGAACGGGUCCUCGUCACCGUUCACGCCUUCCCACUGGUGGGUGAUCAAGCUUAAGCAGAUCGACCAUGUCCGCCACGAGCGCGAGAUUCUCGGCGACGUCAGCGGCCACCCCUUCAUCACGAACCUGUGCGCCUCCUUCUCUGACCGCGACUUCCUCUACCUCCUCCUCGACUAUGUUCCCGGCGGCGAGCUCUUCUCCUACCUGCGCAAGUUCCGCCGCUUCGACGAGGGCAUGGCUCGCUUCUACGCCGCCGAGAUCGUCCUGGUGCUCGAGUACCUACACGAGCAGCAAGGAGGCGUCGCCUACCGGGACCUCAAGCCCGAGAACCUGCUCCUCGACGCCGAGGGCCACAUAAAACUCGUCGAUUUCGGUUUUGCAAAGAGAUUAGGAGGCAGGGACUGCUCGACCGAGACCUACACCCUGUGCGGCACACCAGAAUACCUCGCACCCGAGGUCAUCCAUAACAAGGGCCACACGACCGCUGUGGACUGGUGGGCACUGGGCAUCCUGAUAUAUGAGUUCCUGACUGGAUACCCACCAUUCUGGCACCAGAAUCCUAUCGAAAUAUAUAAACAAAUUGUCGACAAACCCGUCAUCUUUCCUCAAGAGCCCAGCCUCUCCCUCGAGGCCAUGGACAUUAUCCGCUCCUUCUGCACCGUCGACCGGUCCCGGCGCCUGGGGAACGUCCAGGGCGGUGCUAAGCGCGUUAAGGAGCACCCGUUUUUUCGCGGCGUUGACUGGGACGCCGUCUACCGCCGCCAGUACCGCGGCCCCAUCAUCCCCCCGGUCCGCUUUCCCGGCGAUGCCCAGUGUUUCGAUAUCUACCCCGAGGAGGACGUAGGUCAUGGCGAGUACACAGACGAGCUGCGGGCCAAGUACGAGAGCUACUUUAAGGACUUUUGAGACGUCCGGCCCGGCCCCGACCGCUAUAGUGCGUCAAAAGAUGAUUAAAUUUACAGGCGAUGGAGCGGGGGCUGGAUGAUAGCCGGCUCUUCUUCCUUUUCUCCCCCUUUCUUCUUUCUUCUCUUCUUCGUCAUGCCUAUAUUGUGUAUAUAUAUAUAUGUGUGUGUGUGUGUGUCUCUCUCUCUCUCUUACUCCGUCUCUGGACGGAAGUAGGAUCUCCCCUCCAACCAAAGUAUGAACAGCAAAACCUUUAAUGGGCACGAAGGAAAGGGUAGACAGAGCAUGAACGUUACGAGAGGGAGAAAAGGAAAAUUGACCAGGCCAAACCAAACCUUUUCAAGUGUCACCGAAACAUGGGUCUGACGACGAACAUGGCAGCAUCAUUACAAUUAUCAAAUCAUUAUUUCUGAACG